UCUUCCUCUCUUCUCCUCUCUCCUCUCCACGAAACCCUACGGCUGCUCCACUCCACCGCCCCCUCCACCCGCCGACGCCGACGCCGACGCCGACGCCGACCGUCAGAUAGAAUGAUCUCUGGCCCCAGACGGCGAAUCUCGACCCCGCGACCCUGCCGUCUUCUUCUCUUCUCUCUCCCAAUCCCUUAAGCGCUUCGAACACCUCCUCCAGUCUCCAAUCGAGGCUUGAGAACGGUGGGGCGAGGCCAAAUAAGGAUGGGGGAAGCUGCCUGCCGGAAGAUCCGAAACAUUUGCAUCCUUGCCCAUGUCGAUCACGGAAAGACAACCCUCGCGGACCAUCUCAUCGCCGCCUGCGGCGGCGGCGUCCUCCACCCGAAGCUCGCCGGCCGGCUGCGAUUCAUGGACUACCUUGACGAGGAGCAGAGGCGGGCUAUCACGAUGAAGAGCUCUUCCAUUGCUCUCCGAUACAAAGACUUCUCUGUCAACCUCAUCGACUCCCCUGGGCAUAUGGAUUUCUGCAGCGAGGUCUCCACUGCAGCGCGACUGAGUGAUGGCGCCUUAAUUCUAGUCGAUGCGGUCGAAGGUGUUCACAUACAAACCCAUGCAGUUCUACGACAAGCCUGGGUAGAAAAGCUGACUCCUUGUUUAGUUUUGAAUAAGAUUGAUAGGCUGAUCACAGAGCUUAAAUUGAGUCCAAUGGAAGCUUAUAAUAGAUUGCAGAGGAUUGUUCAUGAAGUGAAUGGAAUUGUGAGUGCCUAUAAGUCGGAAAAAUAUCUUUCCGAUGUGGACUCUCUUCUUGCAGGGGUGGCUGGUGAGGUGAAUCUGGAAUCGGUGGAGGAUGAUGAGGAGGACGUCUUCCAACCCCAGAAGGGAAAUGUGGCCUUUGUCUGCGCAUUGGAUGGGUGGGGAUUUUGUCUCAGCCAGUUUGCGGAGUUCUAUGCAUCUAAGCUGGGAGCUAGCAUGACUGCAUUGCUGAAGGGAUUAUGGGGCCCUCGAUAUUAUAACACAAAGACGAUGAUGAUUGUGGGAAAGAAGGGAAUGGAAGGUGUUAGCAAGGAUCGACAGCCUAUGUUUGUUCAGUUUGUGCUUAGGCCUGUCUGGCAGGUCUAUCAGGCAACUCUUGAGGAAGAUGGAGGUAAAAGGAUGCUUGAGAAGGUCGUUAAGACUUUCAAUUUGUCCGUCCCACCUCGUGAGCUCCAAAAUAAGGACCCGAGGGUUGUGCUCCAGGCUGUCAUGAGUCGGUGGCUUCCACUUUCUGAUUCUAUUCUGUCGAUGGUAGUCAAGUGCAUGCCCGAUCCUGUGUCUUCUCAGUCUGCUCGGAUUUCCCGAUUGCUUCCUAAGAGAGAGCUUGUGGUGAAUGAUACUGGCCUUAGCUCUGAUGUGGUUGCCGAAGCAGAACAUGUGAGGAAAUGUGUUGAGGCUUGUGAUUCUAGCAGUGAUGCUCCAUGCGUUGCAUUUGUUUCCAAGAUGUUUGCUGUUCCAUAUAAGAUGCUUCCACAAAGGGGUUCAAAUGGAGAAGCACUGAACAAUCAGCCUACAGAUGAAGUUGGUGAAUCGGAGGAGUGCUUUCUUGCAUUUGCUAGGAUUUUCAGUGGCGUCCUUCAUUCAGGGCAGAAGGUCUUUGUGCUCUCUGCUUUAUAUGAUCCAUUGAAAGGCGAAUCCAUGCAGAGGCAUGUGCAGGAAGCAGAGCUUCAGCAUUUAUAUUUGAUGAUGGGUCAAGGUCUGAAACCGGUUUUCUCUGCUAGUGCAGGCAAUGUGGUGGCAAUACAGGGCUUGGGACAGUAUAUUUUGAAGAGUGCAACUCUCUCAUCGACUAGAAAUAGUUGGCCUUUCUCCAGCUUGAUGUUUCAAGUGGCGCCUACUCUUAGAGUGGCUAUUGAGCCUUCAGAUCCAGCUGAUAUGGGUGCACUUAUGAGGGGAUUGAGGCUUCUUAAUCAUGCAGACCCUUUUGUAGAGGUUACAGUCUCUUCUAGAGGUGAGCAGGUGCUUGCAGCUGCAGGAGAGGUCCAUCUGGACAGAUGUAUAAAGGAUCUCAGGGAAAGAUUUGCCAAGGUGAGCUUGGAAGUUUCACCUCCUCUUGUCUCAUAUAAAGAGACCAUUGAAGGGGAAGGUUUUGCUUUAUUAGAGAAUGCAAAGGCAUUAUCCAGUGGCACCGAACAUGUUGAAAAAACUACUCCAAAUGGAAGGUGUAUCAUAAGGGUACAAGUAAUGAAACUUCCAGGUGCUCUAACAAAAGUUUUUGAAGAUAGCGCUGAUAUUCUGGGUGAUAUUAUAGAGGGCAAGUCAGUAAAGAGAAAUGGAAGCUUGAACUUAAAUACUCCUAUCAAUGAUGGCAAUUCUGUUGCAACACUUAGGAAACACAUUAUUGAUGCUAUAGAAAGUGAAGUAGAAUCUCUUUCUGCACAACUCGAUAAAGAAAAGACUGAAAAGUAUAGAAAAAUGUGGUAUCGAUUUCUUCAGAGAAUAUGGUCGCUUGGGCCCAGGCAGAUUGGGCCAAAUAUCCUCCUUAUUCCAGAUUUGAAAGCAGGUAACCUUAAUAAUUCCAGCCAGGACCAGAAAGGUAUUCUCGUACGUGGUUCUUGUGAUGUUUCUAGAAGACUUGGCUUUCUGGAUGUGGAAACUGAUACCGUUUCAAUUGUUGAAGAUUCAAAAGAAGAAACUGAAUCAGUGUGUGUAGAAGCAGAGGCUCUUAAGAAUAGCAUUGUAUCAGGUUUUCAAUUAGCCACAGCAGCUGGGCCUCUAUGUGAUGAACCUUUAUGGGGUCUGGCAUUUCUUGUGGAACCUUACAUCUUUCCUGAUAACUCUGGAACUGCCCAUCAGCCUGACCAGUAUGGUAUCUUCAGUGGGCAAGUGAUGACGGCUGUGAAGGAAGCUUGUAGGGCAGCUGUGCUGCAAAACAAGCCAAGGCUCGUGGAAGCAAUGUACUUUUGCGAGUUAAAUACACCCACAGAAUAUUUAGGUUCCAUGUAUGCAGUUCUUGCAAGGAGGCGGGCUAGAGUGUUGAAAGAAGAGAUGCAAGAAGGGUCUGCCUUGUUUACCGUGCAUGCCUAUGUGCCAGUUGCUGAAAGCUUUGGAUUUGCAGAUGAGCUUAGGAGAUGGACUUCAGGUGGGGCGAGUGCACUGCUUGUUCUUAGCCAUUGGGAAGCACUAUCUGAAGAUCCUUUCUUUGUCCCAAAGACAGCGGAGGAGAUCGAAGAAUUUGGAGAUGGUUCCAGUGUCCCUCCAAACAUAGCAAGGAAGCUUAUGAACUCUGUGAGGCGGAGGAAAGGCCUUCCCGUGGAGGAAAAGGUUGUUCAGCAUGCAACAAAGCAGAGGACGUUGGCGAGGAAGGUGUAAUUGUAAUUUAGAAUUGAGAUAUUAAUUAUUAUGUUUUGAACUAUACACAAGCAAAUUGUUUAAUCGUGUAAUACGGGAUCAAACUCAAUUUUCUUGCCAAGUUAAAUAAGAGAAAAUUUACUUAUGCCUUAUGAUCA